GAGAUCGCUUGCUAUGGACAUGGCAGGGCUCGCAACUUUCAUAGUGGUUGAGACGUGGGUUCACCACUUGUUUUCCAUCUUUGCAAGGGAAGUCCCGGAUGGGUAUUCGCCGAUUCAGCUAAAGCAAUUGGUGAGUGCAGAUAAGAGGCUCUUCAUGUUGGCUGCCGAGUCCUUCCCUGCUGAUCUCCGGGCCGCUCGAGCCGGAGAGGAGACACCGCUUGAUCGCCAAAUUGGGCAGCUUAUGUACUCUCCAGAGAUUUCCCAGUACCUGGUUCCCCUUCCCAAGCUGCCUCCGCCUCCGCCUCCAACCUUGCCACACAAGCGAGAGCUGAGCGCUGAUGCGAAGAUUGAUAAGGGCUUCAUGAGCAAGGCUUGGAAGGGCAAUGGGAAGGGGAGGAAAGGCGAGGAUGGGAAGGAGAUUGAUCCAGCCAAGCGCUUCAACCUUCCUGAAGGCUGCUGUGAUCGAUUUCAUCAGUGCUACCUGAAAGGCAACAAUCCCAGAGGGUCCAGUGAGGAUGCUAAGGCCUUUGUCACAGGCCGAGUGAUUCCCUUUGUCAACGGGAUGAUUCGGUUUGCAGCAAGAGAUGUCAUGCAUUGGACUGAGGCCUGGCAGGGAGAUCGGGUGGUCCUGGUGUCCUACACCAUUCGAGAUUUGCAGCAGCUCUCCUCUGCUGACCAGCAGUCUCUGCUUCAGGCCAAGUUUGCAUUGCCAGGGUCGCGGGCCCAGCCAAUAGUGGUUGAGCCUCCGAGCCGUGCUCCAACUGCAGAGCCCGGUGGAGCCCCGCUGGCUUUAGAGCUUUUCUCGGGGCGUGCCAGUUCCAUGCCAUCCAGGGGUGCCAGUGCAGAGCCAUCCAGGGAUGCCAGUCCAGUGCCAUCCAAGGGUGCCAGUUCAGUGCCAUCCAAGGGUGCCAGUUCAGUGCCAUCCAAGGGUGCCAGUUCAGUGCCAUCCGAGGUGCCAGCAGGUGAGGUGCCGUCAGGUGAGAUAUCCCAGCAGGGCGAGGUACCUUCAGAUGAGACCAUAACUGUGGGCUUGUGGCAUUCCCCCUCUGAGUUCUUUGCAAAGGCGUGUUCGUUGGCUCAUCCCAUGGAUACCACAAAACCCGUGGCGAUGGUGACCAAGGCAGCUAUAGACUCCUUCUUGAAUAAAGAUGUAGCCUGGCUUGCCAAACAGAGAAAGGAGUUUCUCGACCAUCUUGAGAAAAGGAUAGAGCAGCUGAAGCCUCAGGAGGAAGCCCUGCAUGCUUCCAUGCCGGACUACAUGCAAGGGGUUUUGAAGGAGAAGAACCUUCUUGUAUGGGAGGAAGUCCUCAGGGAGACCUCUUAUCCUGACCUAGAUUGCGUCCGGCUCAUGAAGGAGGGUGUUAAACUUGUAGGCUGCGAGAAGCAUCCAGAGAGCUUCCUAAAGAAGGUGGUCCCCGCAACUUUGUCGGUUGAGGAGCUCCGUGCUACUGCAAAACAUCGAAGGGAGAGCCUGGCCACCCUAGACCGUGGGAACCUUUCGGAAACCGAUGCUAAACUCUUAGCCGAAGCAACCAAUGAAGAAGUCGAGGCUGGUUUCUUGAAGAAGGGCAUGAGUGCAAAAGAGGUCAGCGAUUUCUUUGGGCACGACAACUGGGGCGUGGUGCGCCGUUUCGUCCUCGUCCAGGAUGGGGGGCGAAAGGUUCGCCCCAUCGACGAUUGUCUGGAGGCUCAGUUGAACGCUGCUUAUUCUGCCACCAUUGCCCUGCAACUUCAUGACUCCGACUACAUAGCUUCCCUUGCUCUCUUCAUUGCCGAACGUCUUCAGAGCUCCAAGGUGAGUGCACGUGUUCGCUGGCUUGGCAAGUGCUUGGACUUGUCUAAGGCUUACAAGCAAGUGGCAGUCCACCCAAGGGACAGGGACCUGUGUGUCAUUAUGGUCCAGGCCCCAAAUGGUGAGCCGACCUACCACAUUUGCAACUCCUUGAUGUUCGGGGCAUCAGCCUCGGUCUUUGCUUUCGUGAGG